AUUUGCAAUCAACGAAAAUGAGUCAGUCUUGUAUACCAGUAAGCGCAAAGAUGUCGAAGGCCAAGAAGGUUUUGGAUGAAGCCCGAGAAACUCACAAUCCUGAGUUGGACCUGGUCGACAAGGGCCUGUCGUCCUUCGAGGAGUUGCCCGGACUGUUCAACAUGUCCAACAUCACGCGCCUGACCCUGUCGCUCAACAAGAUCAGCGUGAUCAGUCCGGGAAUCGCGAACCUACUGAAUCUGGAGAUCCUGAACCUCUCGAACAACCAACUGACCGAACUGCCCGUUUCGUUGUCGUCCAUGCCAAAGCUGCGCAUCCUGAAUGUGUCCAUCAAUCGGCUGGGUAAUCUUCCUCGUGGCUUUGGAGCCUUUCCGGUGCUGGAAGUGCUGGACCUGUCAUACAACAAUCUGAACGAACAGGUCCUGCCUGGUAAUUUCUUUGGAAUGGAGACACUGCGUGCCUUGUAUCUGGGCGACAAUGACUUCGAGUACAUACCCAAGGAGGUGGGUCAGCUGAAGAAUCUGCAGAUUCUCGGACUGCGCGACAACGAUCUUCUGGAACUGCCCCGUGAGGUUGGCGACUUGGUGCGACUGCGGGAGCUACACAUUCAAAACAAUAGGCUGCAGGUGCUGCCCCCGGAGAUCGCCCAACUGGACCUCCUGAGCAACAAGUCGGUCAUGAAGAUGGAGGAGAAUCCCUGGGUCAAUCCCAUUGCCGAGCAAUAUCUGCUGGGCAUUAGCCACGUUAUUGACUACCUCAAAACGGAGACCUAUAAAAUCAUCUACAACCGCCACCUACAGGCAGGACGCAGUGGACCGCCGCCACCUAAAGCUGACAAGAGCAAGAAGGCUUCUCGAAUUCGCGCAUAGUGCAUCUCCGCCAGAAGAUCCCAUGGAAUUACAUAUGUGUUCGUCUCGUUCGUUGUUAACCAAGCUCGUUUUUGUAUACUAAUUUAUAAGUAUUUGUAAACUAAUGCGUAUUUCUGCAAUGUGCCUUGACUCUUAGUUUCACUAAUGAAAAUAAAAAAAAAUAUAAAUACAUAUAUGUUUUCUUGGCGUUUUAAUGUCGGAUCACCUGCACAAAACUCUAAAAAUAAAGACACGUUUAUGUAUUUUAUAAAAUAGUAGGUUUUCUUGUUUUUAUUAUCUUUUUCUCAUAUUCAUUCUUUUCUUUUAAGAAAUUUGUUCAUAAUCAUAAUUAAUUAGUUUACUUAAAGUCAAUUAAUUAAUUCUUUAUUUAUUUUAAUUAAAUUAAUAGUUAAAUGUUUUUUGUUUUUGUUCUUUGUUUUCUAUUUUUGAGAAAAACUAAAAGCAUAGUUCUGCUUUGUUCGCUUUAAGUUUGUUUCGUUUCUUUGCAUUUUCACUUGUCAAUUUGAAUUGAAUACAUACUUUUUAUAUCAAUUUAUGUUAUUUAAUUAUUUUGUAAACUUAUUUCGCUUUCUCUGUAUCUGCAAUUCAAUUUUAAUUUAUUCCUUAAGGUAUAUUUUAGUAUUUAUAUAUAUUUUAUAGUUUAUUUACAAGAGUUAAAGAUGUUCUUUUACGAAAAGUCUGGCGGAAAUUCAAAGAAAAGUUUAAUUUUAUUUGUUCACCAAAUUUCUAAAAAUAAUAGGCCCAAAAUCGAUUUAAAUGUAAAAGCAAAUUAAAAAAUCGCUAUAAGUUACGAUAAAAUUGAUGGAUGUGAGAAUAGAAACGAACCCAAGGGUUCAAAAAAAAAUAACAGAUAGCUUGCAAACUAUUAAUGUCUUUUUUUGGAGUAGUUCAUCAGUCGGGACUCCGUGAGUUGCACGAUUUAUUGUUGAGCAUGCAAAUACGAAACACAGACAAAAACAAAAAACAUAAA